CCGCGGCGCAUCAUCCUCGUGAGACAUGGCCAGUCCGCGGGCAACGUCGACGAGACGGUCUACACGCACACGCCCGACUGGAAGGUGUCGCUCACGGACAAGGGCCGCGACCAGGCCCAGGCCGCCGGCCGGUCCUUCAAAAAAAUCUUGGACGGCGACGCCGCGGCGGGGCCCGUCUUCAUCUACUCGUCGCCCUACGCGCGGUGCCAGGAGACGGUCGAGCAUCUCAUCACCGCCGCGGGCGUCCCCGAGUCGCGCAUCGUCGGGCGGCGCCAGGAGCCGCGCAUCCGCGAGCAGGACUUUGGCAACUUCCAGGACCCGCAGAAGAUGCGCGAGUGCAAGGUCAGCCGCAACGAGUUCGGCCGCUUCUUCUACCGGUUCCCGAACGGCGAGAGCGGCGCGGACGUCUACGACCGCGUGUCCACGUGGCUCGAGACACUCUACCGCGAGAUGGAGUUCGGCCUGAUCACGCCGGACACGACGCUGCUGUUGGUGACCCACGGGUUGACCGCGCGGCUGAUUCUCAUGCGGUGGUACCACUGGUCCGUCGAGGCCUUCGAGGAGACGUACAACCCGGGCAACGCGCAGCUCAUGGUCAUGGAGCGC